AUGGCGACCAACUUUGAAACAUAUGGCUCAGCGGGCAAAGUCAAAAGGAAGGGCACCCCUAAUUCAUAUCCUGAAAGUGUGCCAAAAGGAUACCAUUAUUCCUCCAUUCCUGUCAAAUUCCAUACUCAGUGGAUUCCUAGCUCUGAGAAGAAAGGCUUUAAUUCGCAGACAAAAAGAUUUCCAUAUAUUGAGAAUGAAAACCCAGGUCCGGGCUUCUAUAACGUCACUCAUCAGUCUGCACUUCUCAACAAUGUCUCCCAGUCCCGGAAAGGAACCUGUUUUUUCCCUUCCUUGGAUACACGUAUUGCUCGUCAGAGGAUUCCCAGCUACCCCGCUGCGAACGCCUAUGAGCUCCCACCGACUCUGCAGUCCAAGCGAGAUUUCAGCCUGGGCUAUUCCAGUAUGUUUCAGCAGCCAAUUGCCCGGAAGAUUUCCAAAAGAUCCACCCCAGCUCCCAACCAAUAUCAUGUCUCGAUGGACUUCUGCAAGCAGAGCUGCAACUCUGGCAGCAAGGCCGUGUUCUCGUCCAGAACUAAGCGGGAGUUGUCACUCGACAGGAAGGAGCACGUACCUUCUCCUUGCCAUUACCAAAUUAACGAUUCCUUGAUACGGCAGUCACCUGCGGUGCUGGUGUCCUGCUUCAAAUCCAGAACAAGUCGCGAAACCAAGCCGGAGACCCUGAGCCCAGGGCCCGCGGCCUACCAGUGGCCGGCCAAGACGCCCGUGGCAGCAUCGCAGCGAUUCCCUGGCCUGCGAAAGUACAGCUUGACUUUCUCUGCCCCACCUGUCCCUCGUCCUAAAACGCCCCCUUCACCUGGGCCUGGUCAGUACGAGAUAGUGGACUACGCGGGUCCCUCCAAGCAUUACAUCUCCAGUGCUGUCUUCGUCUCAAACACAGGUCGCUGGGCAGGCGAUAAAUUCCAUGAAGAAACUCCUGGGCCAGGAGCAUACAACCUGCCCAUCCCACGGAAGCAAUCCUUCAUCUACAACACCAGCAAUAAGUGGAUUCCAGCAUUAUAA